AUGGACAGGUCUCUUCCACCAGGAUUUAGAUUUCACCCUACUGAUGAGGAGCUCAUUGAUUGUUAUCUGAAGAAGAAGGUCUCAGCUUCCUAUCCAGAUCCAGUAAUCUCUAUAAUAGCCGAUAUCGAUCUCUACAAGUUCAACCCAUGGGAAUUACUAUACACUAUAUCUGGCAAUAGGCCUAUUUUGGAGAGAGAGAAUGGUUUUUCUACAGUCCCCAGUGCAGAAAAUAUCCUAAUGGUGUUCGUCCUAACAGAUCAGCUGCAUCAGGGUCUUGGAACUGACAAACCGAUUCUUUCUUCUAUUACAUCGCAGUGCCUUGGGGUUAAGAAUACCCUCGUUUUCUAUAUUGGUCGUGCUCCAAAAGGAACCAAGCUAAGACUGACUGGACGAUGUACGAGUAUAGGCUUGUUAAUUAUGGCCAUACUUCUUUGA